GAAUUGUUUUACCGUUUGGUUUCGUUUUCACCUUAGUAAUUUAGCAAUAAAUUAAUUAACAACGGUUAAAAUUAUCAUUAUAAAUGAUAAAUAAUCAAAAGUGUUAAAUGUUCUUGUAAAACUCAGUGUAAUGGUUGGAUAGCAUUGUUAUUAACAGAAACAAAACAUGAAACAAAGUUUGCUUAUACUGACUUUAAUCGGUUAUGUGACUUGUCAGGGUGGAGACUCGUCGAGUCCUUUUAAUCCGAAUUAUCAAAAACCAUACCAGUCAGAUAAUUUCCAAAAUAACACUUCUUACCGUCCCAUAUCACAAGUACCUUACGGAAGCUUUCCUGUAAACCAAAAUGAACAUACAUAUCAAAGUUCUUUUUAUCAAGACAGUGGGAACUCGGACACUUACGGAGACGGUGACAAUGAAGUAGAUCCGCAAAAUACCGCUUCCUAUUACGCAGGUUUGGAUUAUGAAGAACGUUACAAAUGCCCGCCCAAUUGGAUUCGCUUUCGAGAGUCGUGUUACAGGUUUACGAAAUCGCCAAACAGGCCGCGUAACGAAGCUCGUAAAAUUUGUCAAGCUUACGAGUCAGAUCUAGUUUCAGUUAACAGCCCUGAAGAGCAUGGAUUCAUUAUCACAACAUUAAUGCGUAUAGAUCCGCAAAAAGGGUCGUGGUAUGUGGGAGCUCAUCAACAAUCACCCGGCUAUUGGGCAAAUGAUGGAGAUGGCUCACAAUUAUCAGGACUCGAUAACGCUUUCUUUGAUGAUCGCAAGUUAACAUACACCAGUUAUAAUUUACUGCCCCGUGACUAUUUAGUUUAUAGAUUUUCAACAGAAGAUGGCCGAUGGGGCUUAGCCCCUGUUGAGGGUAUUGAAUAUUUUCAUUUUAUUUGUGAAGGACAAACUCAAAGAUUGCAUUACCUCAUUGAAGAGGCAAGAUCUUUUACAUAUGGAUUGGAUACUUUUGAUCCUGAACGCAUACCCAGAGGUCCAUACUUUAUCAAAGAACCUGUAGACACUAUUUAUGAUCCAUUACGAAAUCAUCAUGUACAACUGACAUGCAUCGCAGGUGGCUAUCCAGCACCCACAUACCAGUGGUUUAGGGAAGAUUAUCAGGUAGAUAGCCCAAUUUAUACUCCUAUAGAUCCCCUUGCAGACUCCAGAUUUAUAUUAAGCGGGGGAACUCUUAUGAUAUAUAAUCCUGAUGCAGAUAAAGACAAUGCAAAAUAUCACUGUACUGCAACAAAUAAUUUUGGUACGAUUAGAUCUGAAUCAGUGAGACUAUCAUUUGGUUUUAUUAGAGAGUUCAAUCAAAAAAGGCCUGUGGAAAGUGGGAAGCAAUAUUGGGGUAAAGUAAUAUACUGUGAUCCACCUUCAUAUUAUCCCUCUGUUAAUUUCCUAUGGGCUCGUAACUAUUUCCCUAAUCUUGUAGAAGAAGAUAGGAGAGUGUUUGUUUCUUAUGAUGGUGGUUUGUACUUCUCUGCAUUAGAAACCAUUGACAGAGGAAAUUACAGUUGCAAUGUCAUGAGCAAAGUGUCAGAUGCUGGAAGGAAUGGUCCAUUCUUUCAACUUCUUGUUUAUCCACAUUCUGAUUAUCAACAGUUGAAAUUUCCUAACAAUUUCCCCAAGGUUUUCCCAGAAGCUCCAGUUGUAGGUCAAGAAGUGAGAUUAGAAUGUGUAUCUUUUGGAUAUCCAGUACCAUCAUACAAUUGGACAAGGAAGAAUGGGAACAUGCCUAAAAAAGCAUAUUUGAGCAAUUUUGACAGAGUUUUAACUAUACCUCAUGUAGGAGUGGAGGAUGAAGGUGAAUAUAUUUGUGAUGUGCGUAAUGACAGAGCACACAUAUUAAAUAGUGUAUUCUUAAAGGUACAAGCUGAACCAAAUUUCACAAUCCCUCUUGCUGAUAAGCAUAUGGAUAAUAAAGGUGACUUACAUUGGAAUUGUGAGGCAUUUGGAAUUCCAGAUGUCAAUUAUACUUGGUGGAAAAAUGGAGAGAAACUCUCAAUGGACAAUUUAGCUGUAGAAGAUCGGGAUAGGUAUGUGAUACAAGAUAAUGUCUUAAUUAUAAAAUAUUUGGAUCCAACUAGAGAUCCAGGCAUGUACCAGUGUGAGGCAAAGAAUCAGUUAACAGCUAGAUAUUCCUCUGGGCAGUUAAGAGUACUCUCAUUGAAACCAUCCUUCAAAAAACAUCCAUUAGAGCCAGAAACUUAUGGUUCAGAAGGUGGCAAUGUCACUCUUAAAUGUUACCCAGAAGCUGCACCUAAACCAACAUUUACUUGGAAAAAAGAUAAUAUUGUCAUAGGAGCUGGAGGGAAAAGAUUCAUCACUGAAACUGGAAAUCUUAUCAUUCGGCAACUUUCCCGAGAUGAUGAAGGAGUGUAUACAUGUGUUGCAAAAAAUCAAUAUGGAACAGAUGAGAGUAGAGGCCGACUUAUUGUUUUGAGAGCGCCACGUUUCAUCGAAAAGUUGCCACCACGAAUAACAACACAAGUUGGUCGAAUUGUAUUUUUGCAUUGUAGUGCCGAUAUUGACGCUUUACUGGACACUGCAUAUUUGUGGAACCAUAAUGGAAUACGCAUGAAGGAUGCGUCCGAUUUCUUUGCCGAUAAAAGAAUCAAAAUAGAUGGCGGAGAAAUGACGAUUUAUGACGUCAGUCUUUCUGAUGUCGGCGAAUAUGAGUGUAUAGUAAAAUCCGCAAUUGGGCGGAUUUCUUCUCGUACACAAUUACGCAUCGAAGGCCCUCCUGGUCCCGCUGGUGGCUUACAAGUUUUGAAUAUACAAAGAUCUUCACUUACGCUUGAAUGGACCGAUAGUAAUCCCAAUGGGCGGCCAAUCACUAGUUACGUCAUUACGGGACGUACCCAGUGGAAUUCCUCAUGGUAUAUUAUUAACGAUAAUGUUGUGAACGUAAUGGAAAUCGAUAGAUACAAUGGCCGUAAACGUGCAGUUAUUUCCACGACUCUGAUGCCUUGGUCUGUAUAUGAGUUUAGGGUGCAAGCAGUAAAUAGUUUAGGUAUUGGCGAACCUUCUUCCCCGAGUCCACAAUUCUCAACCCAAGCCGAUAAACCCGAUCGUGCUCCAAGUAAUGUCGGAGGUGGUGGUGGAAAAAUUGGUGAUCUAACGAUAACAUGGACGCCUCUACAUCCAUCUCAACAAAAUGGACCUGGAAUCCACUACAAAAUAUUCUGGCGACGAAAUGGAUCUGAGGUAGAAUAUCAAUCGCUUUUGCUCAAAGAGUAUGGUAAUGUAGGCAUGCACGUUGUACAUGUAGCAAUCGAUUAUUUCUUUACGCCAUACAAUGUUAAAGUACAAGCGUUUAACGAUAUGGGUGCAGGACCAGAGAGUGAGGUGGUCACCAUAUAUUCAGCUGAAGAUAUGCCACAAGUUGCGCCACAACAGGUAUCUUCAAGAUCGUUUAACUCUACAGCUCUGAAUGUCACCUGGAAUCCUAUUGACCAGUCUCGUGACAGAUUACGAGGCAAAUUAAUCGGCCAUCGCCUCAAAUAUUGGAAGAAAGCAAAUAAGGAAGAAGAAUGUAUAUAUUAUUUGUCUAGAACUACUCGCAACUGGGCCCUUAUUGUGGGCCUUCAACCUGACACUUAUUACUAUGUGAAGGUAAUGGCGUUUAACUCUGCUGGAGAAGGUCCUGAAAGUGAGAAAUUCUUGGAGCGCACGUACCGCAAGGCGCCACAAAAGCCGCCAGCGUCUGUGAACGUGUGGGCCGUGAACCCCAGCACAGUGCGUGUUGUAUGGAGAUAUGUGCAACCUACAUCUGAAGAGGAACCUCUCCUAGGAUAUAAGGUGCGAGUUUGGGAAAUAGAUCAGGAUAUGAGUGCGGCAAACGAUACAUUAGUGCCCGUGGAUCAUAAGCUUGAAGCGUAUGUCACGCACCUCACACCCGGCAAGACGUAUAACCUUCGAGUGUUAGCCUACUCUAAUGGCGGAGAUGGCAGAAUGUCCUCACCAGCCAUUACUUUCCAAAUGGGAGACUAUCAUAGCGACUCUUACGGCUAUUAUGUUAAGUCAUCAGCCACCUCAAACACACUCUACAAACCUAUUUUAUUGAUAAUUGUAUCUGUCUAUUUCAAAGUAUUGUGAUUUUAAGAUUUUCAUAAGUUAGUGACAUUAGAAUAAAAAUCCAGCUUAUUUUUAUUAUACUUUUACACUUGUAAGUAAAGCAAACUUCGCAUUUUUUUUUGCGUGGUGAUAAAUAUCCGGCCAUUUUACUUUUUUUGUAUUUUUUUGCUUUACAUCACAUAUUUUUUACAAAAGUUUUUUUUUUAAUAUUGUUUAUUAACUAUUAACUUAUUAGUAUUACACACUUUUAUUUUAUCCGUAUCGACAAUAAUUAAUAAAGAGAUGUUUAAACAAGUAUUUACGUGUAGAUGUUUGUCUGUAAGAAUCAUAUCACUGGACGAAUCUCAUAGUCGUAAGAAUAAUUAAUUUGUAUGUAAUGUGAAUCCGAGCCAUUGUUCUUUAAGAGUAGUUUAUGUGUAUAUAUAGGUAACAGUUUGGAUAUGUAGUACAAAAUAUUCUAUUCAACUAUGAAAUACAUUUUAACAGACAGUUAUAAUUGUAACUUAUAUUUUUAAUUUGCUAUUUUUAUGCAGUGCUUUUUAUUUUUUAAUUUGUAAUAUGGGUAUAUACAUAUAUGUUUAUAAUCAAUAAAUCGGUCCAAGUAUUAUCAUCAUCUGCUCUAAAAGACUGUUUGUAAUCUCUCUCAAGAACUUAAAUUUUUAAAGGGUUCUUAAAUAAAAGUAUGAAUUUGCAAAGAAAAUUUUUGUAACUGCAAUAUAUAGCAAUUUUAAGGCUUAAACCUAUUUGUAGUCUAUAAUAAAUUGCCUUAUCAUUGUUAUCAUGUAAAAUCUUUUAUUUUUAAUAAACUUUUUAAAUACA